GAAGAAAAUGAAAAUGAAGAAGACGGAAGAGCUAAGCGAAGAAGAGAAGAAAGCUCUCAGAGGAAGUAAAUUCGCACCUCUUCCGUCUUUGCCCUCCUCUUCUCGUUCCCAACCCAGGUUGUCUCAUCCAGGGGGACCAUUGACGACGAACAAGGCGGCGGCUUUAGCGAAGUUUCUGGAGAGAAAGCUUCAGGAUCCCAAUGGUUUGGCCUCCAUAAACCCUGAUCUUCUUGAACUCGCCGUCAAAAACGCCAAAGACACUGUUCUUGCAAGUGGUACUUCAAGUUCAGGAAGAAAUAUUAAACACGUAGACUCCUUUGAUGACGACGCUGAGGACUCUUUUGUAGAAGAGAACGCGGAAAGUUCUGAAUUAAAGAUACGCAAGAAAAAGGAGAAGAAAAAAAAGAAGAAAAACAAAAGACGGAAGCAGGUAGUGGAGGAUCAAGGGUGUGCUGUAAUGAAAAAGCCUAAAAAGAAGUUGAAAUUGUGAUUGCUGUAAGAUAUGGGGUUUCGGGUGAAAAUUAAUUUAUGGCUUCAAAAGCUGGGAGCAAGUUUUGAGUUGUUUUUGCCUUUUGUAAAAAAUGGAAUGGGUAGUGACAGGCUUUAGAAAGCAUAUUUCUCAACUCUAGUUAUGAGAUUAGCUUUUCUCUUUCAAUUCUUAGACACAUUAUGUGGAAAUCAUUUUUCCUUUCGCUACCCCUUUUUGAGAUCGAGUUAUGAUGCAUGGAAAAGCUUUUUGCAUAAAAGCAAAGAGAAUUUGGCAGUAAUACGUUUUGUUAAUUUUUUUUUGGGGCUAAACUUGCGUUUUUAGGCCUCGUUAAUUUCGUUAGUUCGAAUCAUAACCCAAUUUCUGAAGCAAAUUCAUAUGAAUUCACUUUGUAACUCGAACAAGCAAAAUGAA